GUACAAAAGAUGCACUAAAGUAAAUACCGGUGAAUCGCGUUGUUUUUGUAGUAGGCUACUAACAUGUAGUAGGCUACGUAUUAGUAUUUCAUUACUAAAAAAUCCAGUUUAUAUGCAUGCUCCUUUAUUUGUUGUUAUACGACUCGAACCUAAGAGUGUCUAGGAAGAGAACAGGCGCAGAAACCUCUUACAAAGUACUAGUCCUGUCUAGAAUAACAGCAUAACCCUCGAAAUAAGUUACAUCCUGUGAGAAUUAUAAACCAUGGACGAAGAACCAGAAAGAACAAAACGCUGGGAAGGAGGAUAUGAACGAACAUGGGAAGUGCUGAAGGAGGAUGAGUCUGGGUCUCUCAAAGCUACUGUGGAGGACAUUCUUUUCCAGGCAAAGAGGAAAAGAGUGUUUGAGAGUCAUGGACAAGUUCGGCUUGGGAUGAUGCGGCACCUCUUUGUAAUCAUUGACUCUUCUAGAUCAAUGGAAGACCAAGACCUGAAGCCAAACAGACUGACCUCCACCCUGAAGCUGAUGGAGCAUUUUGUGGAGGAAUACUUUGACCAGAAUCCAAUCAGUCAGAUUGGGAUCAUUACCACCAAAAACAAGAGGGCGGAGAAGCUCACUGAUCUUGCAGGGAACCCUAAGAAGCAUAUAACAGCUCUGAGGAAAGCUGUAGACUCCACAUGUGUCGGGGAACCGUCCCUCUACAACUCUCUCAACAUGGCUCUGCAGACUCUGAAACACAUGCCUGCUCACACAAGCAGAGAAGUGCUGGUUAUUUUCAGCAGUCUUACUACCUGUGACCCAGGCAACAUCUAUGAGCUCAUCAAAACUCUCAAUGGUUUGAAGAUCCGAGUGUCAGUGAUUGGCCUGUCGGCAGAGGUUCGGGUGUGCACCAUUCUCACAAGAGAAACCGGAGGAUCCUAUAAUGUGAUACUGGAUGAGAGUCAUUUUAAAGAGCUGCUGCUUCUCCAUGUGAAGCCUCCUCCUGCCAGCUCCUCCUCAGAGUGCUCCCUCAUCCGCAUGGGUUUUCCCCAGCAUGUCAUUGCGUCUCUGUCUGAUCAGGAUGCCAAGCCCUCAUUCAGCAUGGCACACCUUGACAGCAGUAGUGAGCCAGAACUCAGUCUGGGUGGAUACUACUGUCCUCAGUGCAGAGCCAAGUACACAGAGCUGCCGGUGGAGUGUAAAGUGUGUGGUCUGACUUUAGUCUCUGCUCCUCAUUUGGCCCGUUCCUUCCACCACCUCUUCCCUCUGGAGGCCUUCCAGGAGACCCCGCUGGAGGAGUAUGAGGGAGAGAGGUUCUGCGAAGCUUGCCAAGGAGAGUUGAAGGACAAAAGUGUGUUUACUUGUCUAGCAUGUAAAAAGGUGUUCUGUGUGGAAUGUGACAUCUUCAUACACGACACACUGCACUGCUGUCCUGGCUGCAUGCAGAUUGACGGGACGUCCUGAGAUCUGACCUGAUGACAAAUGUGAACGUCAGCAGUCCAUAUAUAAUCUGAAAGAUAUAGAAAAUGAAGUGGAAGUAAGCAAACAGAGAUUUACAUUCUCACCGAAUCGCAGUUUAAGGUACUGGACGGCAAUGCUUGGGAGUAGUUGCCGUUGGCUUUCUGUUUACGUAAAUCAUUGUGUAUGAAAGGGCGCCCCCUAUGGGGAAAAAAGCGUCUUCGGACUCAAAUGAAACAAGCCGACGAGGUUUUGGUAGUGCACACUUUUUCUAGUGUCCCAUUCAUUUUUUAUAAAACCGUUGUGAUAGACUUUAAACGCCAGCUCUUUCUAAAUUUUGUACCUCACAUGCCAUGGGAAUGUACUUGCCUAUGCUUAGUGAAUCACAAACAGACCUGUGGAUAUUUAAGUGGAAAAUGUUUAAACAAAUUAAAGUUUUUUUUGUUUAUAACA